UCUCUGAUACAGCUGUAAAGAGUUUAUUACAAAACUUGUGACUUGUGAGUCUCGUGAUUGAAAUGAUUUAAAACAGAGUCAUGUUUGGUUAUACUAAAAUGACUGUUUUAAACUUCUAUAAAGUUCAAAUGCUAAUCGGAUAUUUUUACUUGUAUGUAAACGCUGUGAAGGAUAAUAACUGUCAGUGCAACAAAUUAAAUCGACAAUUACUUUUUAGUUCCCGAGAAAGAUAUUGCAUUGUGAAUAAUAUUAAAUUCAAUGCAAAUAGCGUAAUAGGGGAGAAAAUAAAGAAAAUGGUUAAAAUUAAUGCCGGUACAUAUUUCAUAGGAACAGACAAUCCAGUUUUUGUAGCCGAUGGAGAAGGACCAAAACGCGAAGUAGUAUUAGAUAAUUUUUAUAUAGACAAAUUUGAAGUGAGUAAUAAGGAAUUUAUGACAUUUGUAAAUGCUACUGGUUAUAUUACUGAAGCAGAAAACUUUGGGGAUUCUUUUGUCUUUGAGGGCCUCUUAACACAAACUACAAAAAGCGAAGUCAAUAAAGUAGUUUCUCAAGCUCCUUGGUGGUUACUUGUGAAGCAAUCCUCGUGGAAACAUCCAGAAGGUCCCAACUCGAAUAUUACUUUCAGAAUGGAACAUCCUGUUAUUCAUGUUUCCUGGAACGAUGCAGUUGCCUACUGCAAUUGGAUGGGAAUGAGAUUGCCAACUGAAGCAGAAUGGGAAGUUGCAUGUCGUGGUGAACUCUCUGAUAGACUUUAUCCUUGGGGAAAUAAACUAAUGCCAAAGAAUCAACAUAAAGCCAAUAUUUGGCAAGGCAAUUUUCCUACAGUAAAUACUGAAGAAGACGGAUACAAAGGCACAUCACCAGUUACAAUGUUUUCGCAGAAUAGAUAUGGUUUGCAUAAUAUUAUUGGAAAUGUUUGGGAAUGGACAGCGGAUUGGUGGAUAACAAAGCACUCAAGCGAUCGAUUAAUAAAUCCAAAUCUAAUACGUAGCUGAUGUCGAAAGCUUUCCGAAACGCUAUAAGAAGAUAUUUUUUUAUUAAGUUGAGUACUUUUUGAGUUAUAAUGCUUGAAAGUUACAGUACCACUGGCAUUACCCAAGGUGUCCGACCGACGACUAAAACCUCUUGAAUGUUGUUCAGGAUAAUGCCCUGGAUAACAUUUG